AUGGCCCCAAAAGCGAUCAUCGCCCCGUCGAUCCUCUCAGCCGACUUCGCCGACCUCGGCGCGGAAUGCUCCCGGACCAUCGCCCAGGGCGCUGACUGGCUCCACGUCGACAUCAUGGACGCCCACUUCGUCCCCAACCUCACCUUCGGCCCGCCGGUCGUGGCCAAGAUCCGGCCCCACGUCGAUCGCCCGACCGAGUCCUUCGCGAAGGGGACCUUCGACUGCCACAUGAUGAUUGCCGAGCCCAAGAAGUGGGUGAAGGAAUUCAAGGCGGCGGGGUGUGACUUGUACUGUUUCCACUACGAGGCGGCGAUCGACUCGACGGCUGCUGAGUCGCCUGAGGCGCCCAGGACGGAACAGAAGACUUCGCCGCGGGAGUUGAUUAGGUAUAUUCAUGAGCAGGGGAUGUUGGCGGGGAUUGCUAUUAAGCCGGCGACCAAGGCGGAGGUGUUGUUUGAGGUGUUGGAUAGUGGGGAUGUGAAGGAGAGGCCGGAUAUGGUCCUCGUAAUGACGGUCGAGCCCGGGUUCGGCGGGCAAAAGUUCAUGGCCUCCGAGCUGCCCAAGGUGCAGGCUCUGCGCGCGCGGUACCCGGACCUGAACAUCGAGGUCGACGGCGGACUGGGGCCCGGGACGAUCGACCAGGCUGCAGAUGCCGGGGCCAACGUGAUUGUGGCCGGCAGCGCGGUGUUUGGCGCCAAGGACCCGGCGGGGGUGAUUUCCCUGCUGCGGGAGGCGGUGGAUAAGAGGGGGAAGUUAUAG